AUGGCGAGGAGACCUGGCCAAGUCUUGGACCUGGCAUUUAAAGGGAAAGUUGAGGGCACCAACAUUAAGCGGCUAAGCCUCAAGAGGAGGCCCAGAGCGGCCGUCGGCGAUGCGGAAAAAGCACAAAGUGGCAUUUCAUCCAGCCAGUGGCCUUCUGCAGAGUCCCUGUCAUCGUCAUCGAGCAGCGAUGACACAAGGCUGCUGGGAAUGUCUUCUGCUCCCAAGGGCCGACCUCCUCUUCCUCCACCUCAUGGAUCCACCACAGAUAAAAAUCAGUCCAGGAAUGAUGGAGCUCCUGCUGCUAGAGUGCCUUCUUUGCAAAAACAGAACCCUGUGUUGGAGCAACAACACCUCAACCUGGAGCAGGAGUUAGCAAGCCAUCUUCAGCCUGGUUCCCGUCGCCGACUGGCCAGCUUCGGAGGAGUGAGCUCCCCUGGCUCUCUUUCUCGCUUCACUGGUCUGAGUGCUUAUAGUGACACCAACAUUGAUAGCAAACUUUCCAGCGCAGGCAGCGAUAUGUAUGGACACCUUGGCUCCUCCCUGGGCAGCAGAGGCAGUACAGGAUGCCUCCAGCUGAGCCCGCAGAGCUCCGGAAGAAGUACCCCGGUGACGAGCCCCUUGCAGCUGCAGAAUGUCCGGGAUCAGAUGGUGGUGGCUCUGCAGAAGCUGAGGGAGUUGGAGGAACAGGUGAAGAUCAUUCCUCUCCUCAAGGUGAAGAUCUCAGUUCUUCAGGAGGAGAAGAGGCAGUUGGCCUCUCAACUCAAGAACCAGAAUAAGGACACAGAGACGAGUACCGACGAAGGGUUUUUCACCAAAGAGAAGCGGAACUGCUAUGACUUCAGCGACCAAGAAGAUGAGAUGCUGGCACUCGAAAGAGCCAUCAAGAGCGGACAUUUCCCAGCAUGGCAAGGAACAAGCCACUUGAAUGAUGAUGGCGAUACUGCUCAGGAAGCCACAAAGGACAACAAAUAUAAAUCCAUUGCAGCACAUAGCACGGAACUGGAAGCAGAGGUGGAAUCCCAACAACAAAUAAUUGGCACCUUAAAAGAGAAGAUCUGUCACUUGGAGGCCGACUUGAAAGAAUCUGCUCUCCAGGCAGAGAUGAGUCGUCUCAAACUGGAGCUUCAAGCUGCAGAAGCCAGAAACCGAGCGGAUAAAGCCUCCUCCGCCCACCCGCCGACAACUAGCAGCAGCACCCAAGCCGGGCCCGACACCAACAGCCAGGGGGUGGGCAACCACAUCGAGCUAAGAGACGCCAGCACAGGAGACGUGAUACAGUUGAAGAACAUCGCUGUGUCGUGUUGUGGGCCCGACUUGAAGAACGUCGGCGCUGGACCCGAUCUACCCAUGAGCCACUGGGAGGUCAGAGAGCGAGUGGAAACCAGGGAGAAGGGUGCAGGAGUCCACAUUUUGACAAGCUCUCAAGGAGUCGGGGUGGAGGUGAAGGUCUGUGAUGCAGGAAGCAACACAGAAGCUCCAUGGGAGAAUCUGCAGCCUAAGAAUCUAAAGUCAGUCGCAUGUGGAGAGUGUUCUGUGAACGUGAUCAUCCGUGAAGCAAAGAUCAUGGUUUCUAAAGGUGUGGCCACAGAUACAGUCAAAGGGGUCUCUCUUGGACUCACGCUGUCAACGCAGACGUCUCAGCGCAGCAACACCUCACUCAGCUCUGUGUCUCGCUUCACUAACACGAGACAUGCCUUCAACGUGGACUCCAGCACCAACACUGUCCUCAAAAGCCAGCACAAGCACACCAACACCUCGAAGGCGCCCACCACGAGAACAGUGUCAGUUGGCAGCAGGCUCAAAGACACCAAGGGCAUCCCAAAGACGCGCACAGUCGGGGUGGGAACAAGCCCCCUGGAAGAACAUACGCAUAAACAAAAUACUCGUGACAUCGGCAUUGGGUUUACUAGCAUUUACGAAAACUUCCUGGUUGGACUUAAAACCCAAAACAUGGCGUCUGGACCGUCCCAUCUGCCUGACCCAGUCAAGACAAGGAGUAUUGGCGUAGGGGAGGGGAGGAUACGUGAUCUGUCAGGUCCAAACAGCCAACAGGUUGCAUCGUCCCAGAGUAAUUCAGACCUGGACAAUUCCAUAGAAAAGACGCCAAGAGUCAUCAAUGAGCGUGGCGGUCCUCUGACUGAGGGAAGACUGAACCCUGUGUCACCUGACAAGGAGGAAGCGGAGCGAGGGCUGAUUAGGAAGUCUUCUCAGGAUGUAACGCCAGCCAGACGUCUCAAAAGCGUCACCACCAAAGCAACCAAAGGGUCUACAAAAUCACAAAUCACCAAGAGGUGCAAGUUCACUGAGAAGAUGCUGUCCGCUUGCCAAGCCUUAAAGAUGCACCUGAAUGAGGGAAAACGUUUGCCCGGCAGGGAAUUGCGUGAAUGCCUGCAGACGGUCCAGCAGGAGUGGUUCUCUGUCUCCAGUCACAAGUUGGCCUCCGCCGAGUCCGUGGAAGACUACUUGUCCGGCUUCCGAGUCAUUUCGCCCUCGCUGCUGCGACACGUGGCCAACAUGGCUGACGGCAACGGAAACACAGCUCUGCACUACAGCGUGUCGCACUCCAACUUCAAUGUGGUGCAGAAGUUGCUCGAUGCCGACGUAUGUGAUGUAAAUAAGCAAAACAAAGCGGGCUACACGCCCAUCAUGCUCGCCGCACUCGCUGCUGUGGACAAAGUGGAGGACAUGAGCGUGGUGGAGCAGCUCUUCGACAGAGGAGACGUCAACGCCAAAGCCAGCCAGGCUGGUCAGACUGCUCUGAUGCUGGCGGUGAGCCACGGCCGUGUGGACAUGGUGCGGGCACUGCUGGCCCGCGGGGCCGAGGUGAACCUCCAGGACGACGAGGGCUCCACGGCGCUGAUGUGCGCCAGCGAGCACGGCCAUGCCGGCAUGGUGAAGCUGCUGCUGGACCAGCCCGACUGUGACGCCAUGCUGAAGGACAGUGAUGAGAGCACAGCCUUGUCCAUCGCUUUGGAGACGGGACAUCACGACAUUGCGGUGCUUCUCUAUGCGCAUACCAACUUCUCCAAAGGACACGCCGAGGCUCAUCAGUGUGGCAGGUCGUGA